GCCAGAAGCACCUUUGCGAAAUCUAUAUUUUGCUGAAAGAAAAAAAGGACAAAUUCCCCCUCGGGCAUUUCCUGAUUUCUCCCGGUAGAACAAGCCAUGUCCACUAUGGCAACCAUCGCCGCCGCCGCCGCUCGCGGCAGCUCCCCAACCCGCCGUCAGCUCCUCACCCGCCGCCGCCUCCCGUUCUCGGUUUCCUUCUCCUCCACCGCGCCGCAUGCCGCCGCGGCGGGCUUCGGCUGGACCGACGCCCUCCGCGUCGCCGGCGACGGCGGGCGCGGCGACGAGUCCGAUCUCUCCGGGUACUUCCGGAAGGUCGACAAAUGCAACCGGGGAAUGGACAAAAGGGGGGAGUUCGUGAAGUUCCUGGUGGAGGAUCAAGUCGUGGGAUAUGUCCACAAGGGAUCUUGUGGGUGGCAGGGGCAUCGGAGCUAUGGAUUUGUGUGCUUGAGCUCAGGUCUGAUAGAGGAAGAAAGAUUUGUCAAGCACCUCAGAGACUUCCAUGAUGUUUUUACCAUCUCAGGCAAUAAUAGCAGCAACACUGUGGAAAAUGUGUCUCUCCAGUCGUCACUUAGGACACCAGAGGACAGAACACAUGCUAUUGGAGAAGUCAUAAAAAGUCUCGGUGAAAUGAUUCCAGGUAUUCGGAAUGAGCUCUACCCAGUAACAUCAUCUUAUGGCAUGCCUGUGUAUUUCUCUCUGGAACGUGCUGCUGCUCCCUACUUUGGUAUAAAGGCUUACGGAGUUCAUAUGAAUGGGUAUGUUGAGAAAGAUGGCCAGAAAUUUCUUUGGAUUGGUAAAAGAAGUGAUGUGAAGCAAACAUAUCCAGGAAUGCUCGACCAUCUUGUUGCUGGUGGCCUGCCAUAUGGUAUCUCCUGCAAAGAGAACAUCAUCAAGGAAUGUGAAGAGGAAGCUGGAAUUCCAAGAUCCAUAUCAACCAAUGCUACUUCUGUUGGAGCAAUUUCUUACAUGGACAUUGAAGGCUUUAGAUACAAAAGGGAUGUCCUCUUCUGCUAUGACCUCAAACUUCCUGAAGAUUUUGUUCCUAAUAAUGAAGAUGGAGAGGUUGAUAGCUUCAGACUAAUCCCUGUGCCACAUGCUGCGAACAUUAUCCGAAGGACCGAAUUUUUCAAGCCAAAUUGCAACCUUGUGAUCAUCGACUUUCUCUUCCGUCAUGGGUACAUACACCCAGAUUCUCGUGGCUAUCUAAAUCUUCUGCAAAGCUUGAGGAGUGGUGAUUGUUCUUAGCUUCCAGCUAUUAAAUUUUUUAUUGAAAAUUCACUUUUAUGUAAUAAAAGAAAAUCAUGGAGUAGGCUUGAAAGAUAGCCGAUCAUAAUCAAACCUAUUCAUUGACUUCAAUGUCAAUCUCACAACGAACAGAGCAUUAUCUUCAGAGUUCUGUUGAUUUGGAUUAGCAACAGAUUAGCUAAGGGAACAAAAUAAGGAAGAAAUGGUGCAGGCUAAGGAACUCUUGUUAUUCAGUUGUCUGGACGUUUUUGCCUAGUUCCAGUACUUAUAUAUAUAGAUUGUGAAACUUGUUAAA